UGUAAUGAUGAAGUAAUGGGACACAUCCCAUUUUUACCCAACUGUAAAACCUGCUCAUACAUGUUUAGCAUUCCAUCAUCUGAGAUUGUGUUUACCGAUUGGAUACACCCAAAAGGUGUAUGUAUAAAAGUGGAAUCAGUGGUUGUUACUUUCACCAUUCAUGUCAGUUCAAAGGAAAUCAGAACAGGAUUCUUCUUCUUUUUCACAGUCAAAAUGGUGAAUUAUAAAGUGACUGUUUCCACUUCCGGACUUCUCAAUGGCACAACUAUGAACAUCAUCUUUAUUAAGCUGGUGGGCACAGAUGGGGAAAGUGAUCGCACAUGGCUCUGCAACUUCACCGGGCCAUUAGCUUUCACCGCUGGACAAGCUUCCAGUUUUAACGUGUCCUGUCGUGUCUCUAUUGGAAAGCUGAUUCUGAUAGAGCUCGACAAACAGGGUUUGCCACUGAUCCCUCAAGACAGUUGGUUCCCUGCCAAAGUUGAAGUGGAAUCUCCUGAGGGAGACACUUACAACUUUCCCAUCUACCGCUGGAUCAUAGACAGCGAGGUCGAACGCUUCAGAGAAGGAACAGCUCUGAGAGUGUUUGAAGACAGCCAUCAUCUUGGCAAGUACAGUCGGGAGCAGGCGCUGAAACAGCGAGAGAAAGACUAUCGCUGGGAUGUGUAUGCAGAGGGAAUACCCCACAACAUGAAGGUAGAAGGUCCUCUUUCUCUGCCUUGUGAGGUCCGCUUCUCCUUCACCAAGAGCACAGAGUUUGGAUUCACAGCAUUAACUGGGCUGUCUGAGUUGGGACUAAAGGGGCUCUCUGAUUCCAAGAAGAGCUGGGCUAAUUUGGAUGAUCUCAACCGUGUCUUCUGCAACAAGCGGACUGACAUAUCAGAAUAUGUACAGGAACAUUGGAAGGAGGACACUUUCUUUGGCUACCAGUACCUAAAUGGUAUCAACCCCAUGUUGAUCCGACGUUGUACAGCUCUGCCCGAAAACUUUCCUGUCACUGAUGACAUGCUCUUCCCUGAUGGCCAGAGUCGUUUGGCAGAUGAAAUGAAGAAUGGCAACAUAUUCCUGUUAGACUACAAACGUUUGGAUGGACUGAAAGCAAAUAUGAUCAAUGAGAAGCAGCAGUACUUGAUGGCUCCCCUUGUCCUGCUCCAGAAAACACCUGAUGAUAAGCUGAUG